AUGACUCAUCAAGCCAUGUAUGGCCAGGAAGAGACCUUGGUUGGGAAGCUCAGGACUUUUGGGAUGAAACACAAGUCAAAAACCAGAGUGACAGUGCUGUGGCUUGUGGUUGCAGGAGGGAUGAGAAGCACAACAACAGAAGAAUGGUUGCUUCCCUUGCUGCGUGGAUUCAGAUUCCAUCCCCCUGAGGAGGAAAUGGUGAACCUUUUGAGGAAGAAGAUGGAGGGCCAGGGCUCCCAAACCAUGCCUGAAAUCGAUUACAAGCCUUGGAAUUUAUCUGAUAAUGAAUCUAUCUCACUUUUUCUUCGUUUCUUGAAGCAGAUGAUGCGGGGUAAGGCCUCCCAAGCCUGCCACAUCAUCCCUGAAAUCGAUGUCUGCAAGUACGAGCCUUCGGAUUUAGCUGAGCUCUUGUUCCCAGACUCUCCAUAUCAACCUAGGAUGUGGUUUUCCUUCAGCCGACCUCAUUACAAAUCCAUCAACAGUCUUCGUUACAACAGGGCCACAAAGAAGGGAUUCUGGAAAAUCACAGGCAAGCCACGAGAAAUCAAGUCUCAACAACUCUCCAAAUCGGUCACUUGCAAAAAGAGGACCUUGACAUUCCAUGAAGGUCGUGUGUCUAAGUCGACGAAGACCGACUGGGUCAUGCAGGAGUAUUAUCUCAUUCAAACUGAACCGGGUUCUAUUCCCAAUCAGCUGACUGAUCCUGGUAUUGGUGGCUACGUGGCCUCAAAUUCUGAAGAUGAUCAAGCUCCUGAAAAUAAUAUGAUUCCGGAGGCCGAUAGACAUCUGGCAGACAAAGAGCCAGAACAUGAUCUGCCUGGAAGUGGCAAUCAUGAUGCUGGUGAACCUGGUGGCUGUGUUUCAUCUGAUUGUGAUGAUAUGAUUCAAGAGCUAAGUGCUCAGCCAGGAGAAUAUCUGGAUUUACCUUUUCCUCCACCUGAGCCACCUGAGCCGGGAAAUGCUUCUGUGCCAUCUCCAAUUGGGAAUAAUGAUUCUUCUCUUCCAUAUAAGAAUAAUAUUACAACCACUUAUGACAGUAAACCAGUUAGCAACACCGCCUCUAAUUUCAAGAAUCAAACUAAAGAUGAAAGGACGUCAGAGGUUUAUUCUCAACCAGAAGAAGAUCCGGAAUCAUUCUUACAACUUAAGCUAGACGAUUACACAUGGCUUUCAAGAAUAUUGCAGCCAGAACAGGGAAAUCUUCUGCAUGCCAAUAACUCUAUUGGAUGCAAUGAGUUGCAAUCUCCGUAUCCGGAGACUGCGGCUCUUUUCCCACAAUCUUCUUGA